CUCACGCUCGUGGCACAGCCUCCGCCGCGGCCGCCUUUCCCGGUUCCCCGUCCCCCAGCUCGCUCCCGGGGGUGCCCGGGCCGGUCACCGCUGCUGCAGUGUUAGUUACUGGCAAAAACAUCGGAGAUCCCCAUAAAUAUGCAGAAGCUGCAGAAGGCAAAGUAGAGUAGACGCCCGCGCUCACACACACUCGCUCGCCCCGCACCACGCGGGCCGUGUAGACAUCCCCCCCCACCCCCCGCCCGCCCGCGCCACCUUCUCCCCCUUCCUCGUGGGCCGUUCGGGUUCCAGUCCUGCCUGCUCCGAGGACCCUCCCGCCCCAGCGCCCUCGCCCCGUCCUCGCCUCCCUCCGCCCCGGAGCGCGCACCCACCCAGGCGACAAAGUUGUGACUACUUGGGCGCGGGUGGCUCGCGCCCCGCUCGAUCCGCGCCGCGAGCCGACAACUUCCCGCGGCUCGGCCCCGCCGCGCCCCGGGCCCGCGCCUGCGGGGAUCCCGCGGGGCCCCCAGCCUCCGGUCCCGGCGGCGCGCCGGGCAGCGCUUCGGUGGCGGCGGCGGCUGUGGUGGCAGCGAAGGCGGCGGCGGCGGCGGCAGCGGCCGCUGCAGCCCCACACUCCGCCGCCAACCUGGAGGAGCGACGGAAGGCGGACCCCAGGAGGAUGGAGGAUGAAGCUGUCCUGGACAGAGGAGCCUCCUUCCUUAAACAUGUGUGUGAUGAAGAAGAAGUAGAAGGCCACCACACCAUCUACAUUGGGGUCCAUGUGCCGAAGAGCUACAGGAGAAGGAGACGCCACAAGAGAAAGACAGGGCACAAAGAAAAGAAGGAAAAAGAAAGAAUCUCUGAGAACUACUCUGAUAAGUCAGAUGUGGAAAAUGCAGAUGAAACCAGCAGCAGCAUCCUCAAACCUCUCAUCUCUCCUGCUGCAGAACGUAUCCGAUUCAUCUUGGGUGAGGAGGAUGACAGCCCCGCACCCCCUCAACUCUUCACUGAACUGGAUGAGCUGCUGGCUGUGGAUGGGCAGGAGAUGGAGUGGAAGGAGACAGCGAGGUGGAUUAAAUUUGAAGAAAAAGUGGAACAGGGUGGGGAAAGAUGGAGCAAGCCCCAUGUGGCCACAUUGUCCCUUCACAGCUUAUUUGAGCUGAGGACAUGUAUGGAGAAAGGAUCCAUCAUGCUUGACAGGGAGGCUUCUUCUCUCCCACAGUUGGUGGAGAUGAUUGUUGACCAUCAGAUUGAGACAGGCCUAUUGAAACCUGACCUUAAGGAUAAGGUGACCUAUACUUUGCUCCGGAAGCACCGGCAUCAAACCAAGAAAUCCAACCUUCGAUCCCUGGCUGACAUUGGGAAGACAGUCUCCAGUGCAAGUAGGAUGUUUACCAACCCUGAUAAUGCCCGCAGCCCGCUUGAGAACUCAGUGCCCUGCCUAGCAACCCGCACCCUGGACGAUGACCCCCGAGUGCGGCGCACUCCCAGCGUGGGAUGGCUAAGUAGCCCAGCCAUGACCCAUAGGAAUCUGACUUCCUCCAGUCUGAAUGACAUUUCCGAUAAACCAGAGAAGGACCAGCUGAAGAAUAAGUUCAUGAAAAAACUUCCACGUGAUGCAGAAGCCUCCAACGUGCUUGUUGGGGAGGUUGACUUCUUGGAUACUCCUUUCAUUGCCUUUGUUCGGCUCCAGCAGGCGGUCAUGCUGGGGGCCCUGACUGAGGUCCCUGUGCCCACAAGGUUCUUGUUCAUUCUCUUAGGUCCUAAGGGGAAAGCCAAGUCCUACCAUGAGAUCGGCAGAGCCAUUGCCACCCUGAUGUCUGACGAGGUGUUCCAUGACAUUGCUUAUAAAGCUAAAGACAGGCAGGACCUGAUUGCUGGUAUUGACGAGUUCCUCGAUGAAGUCAUUGUUCUUCCACCUGGGGAAUGGGACCCAGCAAUCAGGAUAGAGCCUCCUAAGAGCCUUCCAUCAUCUGACAAAAGAAAGAAUAUGUACUCAGGUGGAGAGAAUGUUCAGAUGAAUGGGGACACACCUCACGACGGAGGCCACGGAGGAGGAGGAGGAGGACAUGCGGAUUGUGAAGAAUUGCAGCGAACUGGACGGUUCUGUGGUGGACUCAUUAAGGACAUAAAGAGGAAAGCACCAUUUUUUGCCAGUGAUUUUUAUGAUGCUUUAAAUAUUCAGGCUCUUUCAGCAAUUCUCUUCAUUUAUCUGGCAACUGUAACUAAUGCUAUCACUUUUGGAGGACUGCUUGGGGAUGCCACUGACAACAUGCAGGGCGUGUUGGAGAGCUUCCUGGGCACAGCUGUCUCUGGGGCCAUCUUUUGCCUGUUUGCCGGUCAACCACUCACGAUUUUGAGCAGCACAGGACCUGUCCUUGUCUUUGAGAGGCUUCUAUUCAAUUUCAGCAAGGAUCAUAAUUUUGACUAUCUGGAGUUUCGCCUUUGGAUUGGCUUGUGGUCAGCCUUCUUGUGUCUCAUUUUGGUAGCCACAGAUGCCAGCUUCUUGGUUCAGUACUUCACUCGCUUCACAGAAGAGGGCUUCUCUUCUCUGAUUAGCUUCAUCUUUAUCUACGAUGCUUUCAAGAAGAUGAUCAAGCUAGCUGACUACUACCCCAUCAACUCCAACUUCAAAGUGGGCUACAAUACUCACUUUUCCUGUGCCUGUGUGCCUCCUGACCCAGUUAAUAUCUCAAUAUCUAAUGACACUACACCGGCUCCAGAGGAUUGGCCAACUGUUUCUUCUACUGACAUGUACCAUAAUGCUACCUUUGACUGGGCAUUUUUGUCGACGAAGAAGUGUUUGAAAUACGGAGGAAAGCUCGUGGGGAACAACUGUGAUUUUGUUCCUGACAUCACUCUCAUGUCUUUCAUCCUCUUCUUGGGCACCUACACCUCUUCUAUGGCUCUGAAAAAAUUCAAAACGAGUCGUUAUUUUCCAACCACGGCAAGAAAACUGAUCAGUGACUUCGCCAUUAUCUUGUCCAUUCUGAUCUUUUGUGUAAUAGAUGCCCUGGUGGGUGUGGAUACUCCAAAACUAAUUGUGCCAAGUGAGUUCAAGCCAACAAGUCCAAACCGAGGUUGGUUUGUCCCACCAUUUGGAGGAAACCCCUGGUGGGUGUACCUUGCAGCUGCGAUCCCUGCUUUGUUGGUCACCAUUCUGAUUUUCAUGGACCAGCAAAUCACAGCUGUGAUUGUGAACAGGAAAGAGCAUAAACUUAAGAAAGGAGCUGGGUAUCACCUGGAUCUCUUCUGGGUGGCCAUCCUCAUGGUGGUGUGCUCUUUCAUGGCUCUUCCGUGGUAUGUGGCUGCAACUGUCAUUUCCAUUGCUCACAUUGACAGUCUGAAGAUGGAGACCGAGACUUCUGCACCUGGAGAACAACCAAAGUUUCUAGGAGUGAGAGAACAAAGAGUCACUGGAACCCUCGUGUUUAUUCUGACUGGUCUGUCAGUCUUUAUGGCUCCCAUCUUGAAGUUUAUUCCCAUGCCUGUACUGUAUGGCGUGUUCCUGUAUAUGGGGGUAGCAUCCCUUAAUGGUGUACAGUUCAUGGAUCGUCUGAAGCUGCUUCUGAUGCCCCUGAAGCAUCAGCCAGACUUUAUCUACCUGCGCCAUGUCCCCCUGCGCAGAGUCCACCUGUUCACUUUCCUGCAGGUGUUAUGUCUAGCCCUGCUCUGGAUCCUCAAGUCCACUGUGGCUGCUAUCAUUUUCCCAGUCAUGAUCUUGGCACUUGUAGCUGUCAGAAAAGGCAUGGACUACCUCUUUUCCCAACAUGACCUCAGCUUCCUCGAUGAUGUCAUUCCAGAAAAGGACAAGAAAAAGAAGGAAGAUGAGAAGAAAAAGAAAAAGAAGAAAGGAAGCCUGGACAGUGACAAUGAUGAUUCUGACUGCCCAUACUCAGAAAAAGUUCCAAGUAUUAAAAUUCCAAUGGACAUCAUGGAACAGCAACCUUUCCUAAGAGAUAGCAAACCUUCCGACAGAGAAAGAUCACCAACAUUCCUUGAACGCCACACAUCAUGCUGAUAAAAUUCCUUUCCUUCAGUCACUCGGUAUGCCAAGUCCUCCUAGAACUCCAGUAAAAGUUGUGCCUCAAAUUAGGAUAGAACUUGAGCCUGAAGACAAUGAUUAUUUCUGGAGGAGCAAGGGAACAGAAACUACAUUGUAACCUGUUUGUCUUUCUUUAAAAUUGACAGUUUUUGUUGUUAAUAUUC